UUGAAGAAAAACGAGACGUCUACAAAAAACGCUUGUUCUUUCUUUUUUUCCACGAGUUCCCGCGAAAUCUCUUGGAGGUGUGUCGGGAUAUUCGCGCGUCUCGUUCAGUCUCGUUGCAAAUUAUUGACUUGAGGCUAUCUGGGAAUUUCUCGAAAGCUUAUUCCCAACCCAAAGGCUUCAUGGUGUGCAUCAUCAAUGGUCGCGACGCCAAUCGGUCGGUCUUACCGUAACUUUAAUCGCGAGUAUCACCUCUAAACGUUUCCGAGAGCGAGUGCUACUCACGACAGCGUCAACAUCAGGAAUACUUCACAGAGAUCUUUGCUCUGUUUCCCCAGUGAAAGUUUUUUUUCCCUAUUCAAGUGUCGUAAUACAAAAUGGCAUUGCCAGCGAAUUACAAGCAAGUCGCGAUGGCUACCUCGAACAUCGUAGCUUCCAACCAACGUAUGAGAGCAUCUGGUGGAAGUUCGAGCAGUUCAACAAAUAGUAAAGAUGCGCAGAGUCCAUUUAUACAAACUCCCCAUAGUCAUCCAGGAUUUACGCCCCAGAAAGUUGGAAAGAACACUAAUGCUGACUCUCGUAUGCCAAAACCACCCAAGCCACCAGAAAAACCUCUUAUGCCAUACAUGAGGUACAGCAGAAAGGUAUGGGAUCAGGUUAAAGCUCAGAAUCCUGAGUUAAAGCUAUGGGAGAUUGGUAAGAUUAUUGGGCAAAUGUGGAGAGAUUUGCCAGAGGAGGAUAAGACAGAGUUCAUUGAGGAAUACGAAGCUGAGAAGGUGGAAUAUGAAAAAAGUUUGAAAACUUAUCACAAUUCACCUGCAUAUCUAGCUUAUAUUGCAGCUAAAAAUCGUGGCAAAUCUGCAUUGUGUGCUGCACAACAAAAUAAUGAUGAUCGAGAGAGUCACGAACGUUCAUCAGGCAGUAGCAAAAGUCAAGCAGCUCAGGAUAGAAGAAUUGAUAUUUUACCAGCUGAAGAUGAUGAUGAUCAAGAUGAUGGAUAUUCUGUGAAACAUGUGGCUUAUUCACGUUAUACAAGAAAUCAUCGACUCAUUAAUGAGAUUUUUAGCGACACAGUUGUCCCUGAUGUUCGCUCUGUAGUCACCACUCAAAGAAUGCAAGUUUUACGUCGCCAAGUACAAUCCUUGACUAUGCAUCAGAAAAAACUUGAAGCCGAAUUGCAACAAAUUGAAGAGAAAUUUGAGGCAAAGAAACGUAAAUUCAUAGAAACUAGUGAAAUAUUUCAAGAAGAAUUGAAAAAGCAUUGUAAACCGGCGGUAGAUGAAGAAACUUUUAACAAAAUGGUAGAACGACAGUAUGAUGCUCUAAGACGAGAAAGACUAAAAGGGACAGAAGAGAAUCGUUCGGAUGGGCCAGCGUCUAGCGACUCUACUCCAAAUUCCACUCCAACUCCAACUCCUGCAUCACUUAAUGACGAAAGCCAACCUGAUAUCUCUGAUAAUGAUUCGAUCGAGAAGAAAUCUGGCAACGCUGAAAAACCUAAUGUUGAAAUGAAUAAGAAAAUGUCACCUCCAUAUACCGAGACUAAAAUCGAAGCACCAUCAGCAGUGCAACAAAAUAUCAAUCAACAACACCCUACUAACUCUGGAAUGUAUUGCAAUAACAUAAUUAAUCCGAUUCAACAACAUCCGCAUCAGCAACAAACGCAAACGCCUCCGAUGCAACAACAUCCGCCACCGCCACCGCCUCAACAUCAACCAACACCUCCUCAACAGCAUCAAUCUCAGCAACAUCAACCUCUCCCACCAAUACAGCAGCAUCAACCACCACCACAGCCACCUCAACAGCAUCAGCCGCCGCCACCACCACCCCAACAGCAUCAAGUACUUCCACAGCCACCACCGCAGCAACCGCAAUCUCAACAACAACCGCAACAACAGCAACAACCACCACAACCCCAACCGCAGUCACAACAGCCACAGGUAACGGUGAUGCCGCCUCAACCGACUACCACAGCCGCGGCAGCGGCUGCAGUCGCGGCAGUAGUUGCGAGUGCAAAUGCAACUGCAAAUUCGACUCCGCCAAAUAUGCCACCAGUGUCCACGCCCACUGUACCCAUUCAACAUAAUCCCCACCAACAAGGAAUGUUGCCAAAUCAUUCGAUGCCACCACAUCAGAGUGCGCAAGGAACUCAGAGCACGCAGAUUUUGCCACCGCAGGGACCACAUGCUCCGCAGAUGAUGCCACCUAAUCAAGCUUACGGUCAGCAGUAUCAGUCCGGACCAGGCCCACAACAACCGCAAAACGUUCCUUUAGCUCCGAGACCGCCGCAUCCCACUUAUAGCUAUUCUCAGCAACAAUCAUAUCAUCAACCUUAUCCACAAUAUACUCAUCCAUAUUAUCAUCAGCCGUAUUCACAGUAUCCCCAUCCGAUAAGUCGGCCACAUGGCCACGGUCCACAUAGUCCACACAGUCCGCAUUAUCAUCCGCAAUCACCUCAUACAGUUGCUCCUGAAAGUAAUAACGUUGGUGCCAACGUCGCAGGCACAACUGCCGUAGCUCCCACACCUGGACCCGAUACCAACAAUCCUCCGUAUUCUGCACCCGCAGGACACUGUGAAAAUGAACGUUCCGGUCCGCCAGAAAAUCAAGAGGGUCAGGUAGAUGCUAAAUCGGGAUCUGCUUAAAUAUUUUUUUUAUUUUACAAACGCUAUUCUAGAUUUCCGCGUUUACAUGAUAUA